UUCUUUUCUCCCCAGUCCUGCUUGCAAAGGAUCCACCAAGGCUUGGUUUUUUACGAGAAGCUGCUGGGCUCAGAUAUUUUCACAGGGGAGCCUUCUCUAGUCCUCGAUGGCCCUGUGGGCCAGCUUCAUGCCUCCCUACUGGGCCUCAGGGAACUCUUGCAGCCCGAGGGUCACCACUGGGAGAUUGAGCAGACUCCAAGUCCCAGUCCCAGCCAGCCGUGGCAGCGCCUCCUUCUCCGCCUCAAGAUCCUUCGCAGCCUCCAGGCCUUUGUGGCUGUAGCUGCCAGGGUCUUUGCCCAUGGAGCAGCAACUCUGAGCCCCUAAGCCAGCAGCUUAAGGAUGGCACCCAGACCUCCACGGCUCAGCA